GGGCCCGGAGCCCAGCAGGGGCGUGUCCCCGUGCUCACCUGCCAUUGGGCAGGUGGGGCAGCCGGAGCUUUGGCAGGGGCCGUAUUAUAAAUGCGGAGCCGGUGGCAGCGGAGCAAGGGACGUCGCAGAAUGGUGGACAGCGUGUACCGGACCCGCUCCCUAGGGGUGGCGGCUGAAGGGCUCCCGGACCAGUACGCGGACGGAGAGGCGGCGCGCGUGUGGCAGCUCUACAUCGGGGACACCCGCAGCCGCACCGACGAGUACAAGGCCUGGCUGCUCGGGCUGCUGCGCCAGCACGGCUGCCAGCGGGUGCUCGACGUGGCCUGUGGCACUGGGGUGGACUCCAUCAUGCUGGUGGAAGAGGGCUUCAGUGUGACAAGCGUGGAUGCCAGUGACAAGAUGCUGAAGUAUGCGCUUAAAGAGCGCUGGAACCGGCGGCACGAGCCUGCCUUUGACAAGUGGGUCAUUGAAGAAGCCAACUGGAUGACUCUGGACAAAGAUGUGCCCCACCCACCACGGGGUGGCUUCGAUGCUGUCAUCUGCCUUGGAAACAGUUUUGCCCACUUGCCAGACUGCAAAGGGGACCAGAGUGAGCACCGGCUGGCCCUGAAGAACAUCGCGAGCAUGGUGAGGUCAGGGGGUGUGCUGGUCAUCGAUCAUCGCAACUACGACCACAUCCUCAGCACAGGCUGUGCACCGCCAGGAAAGAACAUCUACUAUAAGAGUGACCUGACCAAGGACAUCACAACAUCAGUACUGACGGUGAACAACAAGGCCCACAUGGUGACCCUGGAUUACACGGUGCAGGUGCCAGGGACUGGCCAGAGCGGUUCUCCUGACCUGAGUAAGUUCCGGCUCUCCUACUACCCUCACUGUUUGGCAUCCUUUACGGAGCUGCUUCAAACAGCCUUCGGGGGCAAGUGCCAGCACAGCGUCCUGGGCGACUUCAAGCCUUACAAGACGGGCCAGGCCUACAUCCCCUGCUACUUCAUCCACGUGCUCAAGAAGACAGACUGAACGGGCCCUCAGCUCCCACAGCCCUCUGCCCAGGCGCUGCCAGGCUCUGGGGAGGAGGGACCAGUAGUCCCACACCAAGCCCAGCCCCCUCCAGUGCAGAUCUUGGGGGUGUGGGGAGGGGCAGACUGCAGCUGGGGGACAGGGAUUUGGGUUCAGGCAGAUGGAAGGCUGAACAAUAUAGUUUAUGCCUUUUUCA